AUGCCGUUGGAUGCCCGCUGGGCCCACCAGCGUAUCCUGGGAGAGGGUCUCGUUCGCAUUGUCGUCGACACGGACAAGACUCCGGCGUCCCCGCUGCUCCACGGCGACCGAGUGUCUCUCCUCGUCCUCCGUCUGCCACGAGAUGACUCCACGACCUCCACCCCGCCCCGAUUUCGAAUCUGCGUCGCUCAUCUAGGCCCUGUACUUCCGAAGCUCUGCAUUGCUACACGUCCCGACGCUCCCAUUGCCAAGGGACAAUUCGCGGAGAGACCUGGAGGGCAGAUGGACCAGGCUGCUUCCAAGAGGCUGCUAUUCUGGGCCCAGCAACAGCACAGGCAACACCGGUCGCUCGUCAUCGCCGUCGUCUGA